AUGGCGCGCAAGGCCACCCCCCAGACCGCCCACAAGCUCGCAAAGAGCCCCCGGAGCCGCGACCGGGACUACCAGGAGCAGCACUGGUGGGAGGAGGAGCGGGAGAGCUUCCCUCAGUACUGCAUGAGCUGCGAAAAACAGUUCGUGCCGCAGGACGACCGUUUCCUGUACUGUUCAGAAGCCUGCCGAGUGCAUGACCAAAACCACCACAGCGCAGACAUGUCUUCGUCGGCGGCGGCCGCGAGGUCAUACGUCAGCCCGUCGUCGGCCACCUCCCCGCCGUCGGCGUCCCUGUACCCCUACUACUCGUCCGCCAACGCCGAGUCGAGGGACAUCAUCCCGCGCGCGUCGCCCUCGAGGCCCAACUCGAUGCACUACUCCCCGCCCGCCACCCCGAGCCAGGCUGGUGGCGGCCACCACAGCUCCGCCAUCCUGGCCCUGCGCUCGCUGUCCAUCCGGGACUCGAGCCCGCCGUCCCCCGGCGGCCUCAUGGGAACCUACCACCCCAACAUCUGGCCCUUCACCAGCACCGGCACCGGCACCGGCAGCGGCGGCGGCUCCUCCUCGGCCCGCGGCCACAGCACCGCAAGCCCCAGCACCUCGUACUCGCGCCCGGCCUCGACCGUCUUCUCCUCCACCUACGACGGCGCCUACUACGGCGCAGCCGCCGUCGCGCCCUAUGGCGGCGGCGCCCCGACCCUGGAGCGGCCCCACCCCCCACUGCGCAGGGCCGGCACCUACUCGCGCCCCAAGAGCAUCGAGCUCGUCACGCCAAUGGUGGGACGCUGA